CUGCCUUUCUGUGUUUUCAGCGUCACUCAGAGGACAAUGGCUACUACCUCAGAGGAGGAUUUCUGCUGUCCGGCCUGCCAUGACAUCUUUAAAGAUCCUGUCCUCCUGUCAUGUAGCCACAGCUUCUGUAAAGCCUGUCUGCAGAGCUGGUGGAGAGGGAAACAUAUCCAACAGUGUCCAGUUUGUCGGACAGAAUCUCAGUGGAGUAAUCCACCUCGCAACUUGGCGUUAAAGAAUGUGUGCGAGUCGUUUUUGCGACAGAGAGGUCAAGGAGCCUCAUUGGGGUCUGUGGCGCUCUGUCGUCUGCACUCUGAGAAACUCAAACUGUUUUGUCUGGACCAUCAGCAGCCAGUGUGUGUCGUCUGUCGAGAUGCGAAAAUACACACUGACCACAGCUUCAGACCCAUCGAGGAGGCCGCACAGGAUCAAAGAGAGCAGCUCCAGAAAUCCCUGAAACCCUUCCAGGACAAGUUAAAGGUGUUUGAAGAAGUUAAAGUGAACUUUAAUCAAACAGCAGAACACAUCAGGGUCCAGGCCCGACACACAGAGAGGCAGAUUAAGGAAGCUUUUCUGAAGCUUCACAAGUUUCUACAAGAGGAAGAGGAGGCCAGGAUGGCUGCACUGUGGGAGGAAGAGGAGCAGAAGAGACAGAUGAUGGAGGAGAAGUUUGAAGCUCUGAGCAGAAAUAUAGCAGCUCUUUCGGACACAGUCAGAGCCACAGGGAAGGAUCUGAAAUCUGACGACAUAUCAUUCCUGAAGAACUACAAGGCUGCAGUUAAAAGAGUCCAGCAGUGCCCCCUACUCGAUGAUCCACAGCUGCCCUCAGGAGCUCUGAUAGACGUGGCCAAACACCUGGGCAACCUGACCUUCAACAUCUGGAAUAAGAUGAAGGACGUAGUCUCUUACAGUCCUGUGAUUCUGGAUCCAAACACUGCCAAUCCAGAACUCAUUCUGUCUGAAGAUCUGACCAGUGUCAAACAUGGAAAGAGACAGCAGCUUCCCGAAAACCCAGAGAGGUUUGAGUACUGGGAUUCUGUCCUGGGCUCAGGAUUUACCUCAGGGACUCACAGCUGGGAUGUUGAGGUUGGAGACAACAAAGACUGGGAGCUGGGGGUGUUAACAGAGUCCAUUUGUAGGCAGGGAUUUGUGGGCUCUACAGUGUGGAGUGUAGACUUCAGUGAUGUUGGAUACAGAGCGUACUCCCCAACAGAUAAAUACACUGACCUCCCAGUCAGACAGAAGCUCCAGAGGAUCAGAGUUCAUCUGGACUGGGACAAAGGAGAGCUGUCCUUUUCUGAUCCUGAUUCUAACACUCACUUACACACCUUCACACACACUUUUACAGAGAAAUUGUGCCCGUACCUUUGCACCAGGAAUACAUUCCCUCUGAAGAUAUCGCCGGUAAAGGUCUCUGUAACCGUGGGAAGUUCAGAGAUCAGUUAGAGGACAAUACGAUGAUAGCGUCUCACUGUGUCAGUCUGGUGUGUGUUUCUUGUUUCAGUCUGUUUUCCCUGUUAGUUUGUAGUCUACUCUGUGCCUUUAGUGCUGUUCAGUCUGUUUCCUGUUUAGUUUGGUUUUGAUCUGUGCCUGCCUUAGUUCCUGUUAUGAUCCCUGUGUUAUAGUCGGUCGGUGUUUGUCUGUUUACAUGGGGUUCUGUUUGUAUGGGAUAGA